GGCGCCCAGCACACCGCAUUCCGACACCGUCCGCCGGCACGCACACGUCUCUCGCGCUCUGUCGCUGCGUACCGCUCUUUGCUACUGCUGCUCCUGCACUCGUCGUCUUCAACGAUAAUAAUUUUUAUAUUUUAUUAUUGUGAUUAUUAUUUUUUUAAAUUUAAAUUGUUCGUGUUACGAUCAGUGCGAUUUCGUUUUGGAUCUACGACAGUGAUUCAUUACAAUAAUACACUAUAUUAUUAUAGUCUACGUCCGCAAAUACGCAAACAGUCGUCAUGUCUUCUGUCGCCACUGAAAUGCAACAACCCGUCUCCAGGACUUACCAGUACAGAAAGGUCAUGAAACCCAUGUUGGAACGCAAACGCCGUGCCCGUAUCAACCGGUGCCUGGAUGAACUCAAAGAAUUGAUGGUGGUCGCCCUGCAAAACGAGGGCGAGAACGUCAGCAAACUGGAAAAGGCCGACAUACUCGAGCUGACUGUCCGUCAUCUGCACAAGCUACGCCGGCAACAGCGGCUUUCCGGCAACCCGGUGACCGAGAUGGACCGGUUCCGCGCAGGUUACACGCGCUGCGCCUCAGAAGUGUCCCGGUGCCUGGCCGCCACGCCCGGCCUAGAUGUCACUCUGGGCGCCAACCUCAUGACCCACCUUGGCCACAGGCUCAACUCGAUCCAACCAACCGGGCCGACAACGGCCACGGCCACAUCACCGGCUACCCCAUUGACGCUCAACACCGACACAUCCUCGUCCUCGUCGUCGGCGUCCUCCUCGUCUUCAUCCUCGGCGUCGUCGUCCUGUUCAUCACCACCACCACCUCAGUCGCCUACCGGCAGCACCACCUCGUCGUAUCCGAUGCCACUGACGCCAAACUCAAUGGUCAGCACCGGAUGCAGCGUGGACGGCACUUCCACCGGACUCCUGCAAGUCGUUGACAUGUCCCUGAAAAACGACAACGCCUCAGUAUGGAGGCCUUGGUAAAAUGACCGCCGUGUAACUCACACCACCCACCCACUCGCACACGUGCGCGCGAUAUUACCAAUUAUUUUAUAUAUUACGAUAUAAUUAUUCGUCUCGAUUUAAAUUUUUUUUUUGUUAUUGUCUACAAUUUAUAUUGUAUCGUUUUUCUUGUUAUGUUAUACAUUCUCUGGAGAAAUCAACCAAACGCCUGUAUAACAGGACGCGGACGCAAACGGGUUUUAUCGAACUUUUUACGCUUAUAUUAUGAACUAAAAGAUUUUGACAUACGUAAUAUAAUAUAAUAUUAUUAAAAUAUUAUUGUCUAUGUAUAGUUUUUGAUAAAUUAUUUUAAGGCAUUUUUUUAUUCGCACGCGUUCAUAUAUAUAAUUACUAUAUUUAAAUAUAUUUAUAGACAUGUUUAAUUUUUUUUUAAUUUUUUAAAAAUAUGACCCUGUGAUAUACCAUUGUUUAGAUAUAGACUAUAAUAUAUUAUUAUAUUAUGACGACUAUAUAAAAAUAAAAAAAACAAAACAUGGUAUAAUUAAUAUAAUUUGUUCUCAUAUAAUAUAAUAUAAUAUUGUAAUCGGUAGUCCUCCUACCUCAUCAUAUCAUUGUAUGUGUAUUAUAGUAUAUUGUAUGCUAUUAUUUAUUAUUUUGAUUUGUGACAAAAUACUGUGUACCAACACGCAUUCAUAAUAUUAUAAUGUGCGUGUAUGGUUAUUUUUUUAUGUAGACUGUGAUAUAAUGAUAUAAUAUGUUUUAGUAAAUACUAUGAUUAUUUACCCAUAA